AUGGAUACCGUUAUCAACGAAAACUUGGAACAAGUAAUCUUUGGCACUCUUCACGACAACAAACAGUCUAUCGUCAGAGGUGUUAGACGAUAUCUCAACUCUCCAGAAACUCAAGCGUCAGUUGAACCUACUAGAGAUACUGGAGAUCCAAUUCCGGCUAUUCAAGAAACAAGGACGAAUUGGGCAGAGACUAUUAGCUUUACGCCAAAGUAUACUUUUCGUCCAGAGAAUCUCAACCAACUGAUUGCCUCCAUAAAAAUAGCAAAAAGAGAGAACCUAAAAGUCCGAUGUAUUGCUGAAGGCCAUAGCUGGAGCACGCUCUCGGUGACACAGAACUGUUUGUUGGUAAUGGAUGAUAUGACAGAAGUAAAUGUAGAACAACAAUCGAAUGGAGACUGGGUGCUCCAUGCGGAGGCUGGGGCGCCGAUUUCGAAAAUUGACAACUAUCUCAGAGAGCACAAUCCACCGUUAGCAAUCGAUUCCAUGACUGUUCUUACAAGUAUCAGGAUUGGCGGGGCUAUCGCACCUGGAUGUCAUGGUGCGACAACAGAAGCAAGAACGUUUGCUGAACAGAUCGUUGGCUUGGAAAUAGUAACUAGUUCGGGCGAAGUACAUAAGUUUGAGGAUGACCCUAACAAUCCAGAUGAGAUGAGUGCAGCGCGUGUCAAUUUAGGGCUGUUGGGCGUUAUUUACAAAGUGUCUUUCCGUGUUAAACCAAUGUUCAAACUUCGAAUGAAAGACACGUUCCCAUUGGUGUCGGCGUUUACCAACAAAGAUCUUGAAACUCUUGUAAAAAAUUCCAAUGGAAUUGAAGUAUUUUAUUGGCCAUUUAAUUCCUCACCGACAGGAAAGAGGGACCCUUCGAAAGAUAAACUAUGGGUAAAAGUAUGGGAAACUACUAAUGAUGAAGUCACUUUCGACCCACUUGCGACCGCAUUGUAUCGCCAAGCCCAAAAAGUUUCUACGGCCAUCGCCGACGCAGUUUACCAACAGCUUUUAACACAUCCGGAACGUACGCCUUUGAUUUCUUACACUGGCGGGAAGGUUAGGCUGGUAGAACGUAAUAAUGUGUGGCUAGCACCGGAUGCGAUUCAUUACCAGGCCGGCAUUGAUAGCAUUCCUUGCCUUGAUACGGAAUUUGCUAUCAAAAUUGACAAAGACUUUACAAAUGUCAUCACCGAAUUACACUACAUUAUUAAGAGAAUUGAUGAUUACCAAAAACAAGGAAAAUUUCCCGUUAACAUAACCGCCGAGUUCCGAAUUCUUAAAAGUUCAAAGGCUCUCCUGUCAAACGCAUAUGAUGAUGAUCCCGACGCCUAUUAUCUCUUCAUUGAGGUUCUUUCUAUUACGGGGACGCCAAACUAUGAACAGUUUGCUAACGAGCUUGGUACACGGUGGAUGAAAUUAUACAACGCAAGACCUCAUUGGGCCAAAUCCUGGGAAGAUAUUCCAAACAUUAAAACCUACCUUAAUGAUAAGCUGAAAAGUAAAAUCCAAAGAUUCGAGGUGGUUCGCAAAAAGUACGAUCCAACGGACAUGUUUUUCGAUAACGCUUCUCUUCAUCAGGUAUUUUAUGGCGCCUGA